AGCCGGAGCCGCAGUCGCAGCCCCGGAGCAGCGCCGGGAGCGCGGCCAGAGCGUCGUAGGCUCGCGAUCGCUAUGGCGGAGUUCCCGUCGAAAGUGAGCACGAGGACCAGCAGCCCCGCGCAGGGCGUGGGAGCCUCUGUGUCUGCGCUGCGACCGGAUCUGGGCUUCGUGCGCUCCGCUCUUGGGGUGCUCGCGCUUCUGCAGCUGGCACUGGGGCUGCUGGUGUGGGCCCUGAUUGCUGACACCCCAUACCAUCUGUAUCCUGCCUAUGGCUGGGUCAUGUUUGUCGCUGUCUUCCUCUGGCUGGUGACAAUCGUCUUCUUCAUCAUCUACCUGUUUCAACUGCACAUGAAGUUGUACAUGGUGCCCUGGCCGUUGGUGUUACUGAUCUUUUUUGUCGCUGCCACGGUUCUCUACAUUACUGCCUUUAUCGCCUGUGCAGCGGCGGUCGAUCUGACAUCCCUGAGGGGCUCCCGGCCAUAUAACCAGCGCUCAGCUGCCUCUUUCUUUGCUUGUCUGGUGAUGAUUGCCUACGGAGUGAGCGCUUUCUUCAGCUUCCAGGCCUGGCGAGGAGUGGGUAGCAACGCGGCCACGAGUCAGAUGGCUGGGGGCUACUCCUAAGCCAGCUAUGCUGUGGCCUGAGCCAUGGCUGGGUCUUAGCACAGGGUCACCCCCUAAGCUUACUGGACUCAAACUCUCCAGCACUCCUGAGGAACUGGCCUACACUGGCACAGAUGGAACUGGCCAAGAGCCAGGGGUGGGGACAUCCUCCCCACCUCCCUUAUUCAGCAGAAGGUGAUGGGGUUUGGGGAGCUCUGCCUUGUCAUCAGAGAACUUCAGUAGCCCAGGCUGGGCCACCCUGUUCACCAGCACUAAAUGCACUAACAGACCCUCAGCCUCUGACCUGCCUCAGUAUAACCCUAACAAAAGACAGAUUAUCUUUGUCCCCAAGCCAAGUAAGCCCCGGGCUCUUCUGGUCCCACCGUCCCCUCCCCUGCCCCAUGCCAACCUGUCACCUGUAGAGAGACUUUUAUAGGAAGAGUUGGGAUUUCUGGGACUGGACGAUUUCUGAUAACUGUUGGUUACAACAGUUUCCGAUGGCAGCAAGCUCGCUAGGUCCCCUCCCUCAUGUGGAACUCUCCCCUUUGGGAGAGCUAGCACCCGUGCAAGGGUUCUCCCCGCCCCCCCCGCCCCAGGCUGCUGAUUAGGCACAGGGGACUUCCAAGGAGGGACAGAAGGAAGCAGGGCCUUGCCUGGUGAGCUGUCAUGGGGUUAAUGGUGACUCUUGUUUGGAAUUAUUAUUUUUUACAAUUUAAAUAAAAAUGGAAGCAUCUGUUUGGAAAGGGGUUAUCAUUCCUGGUCUUAGAUGUUUGCUAAGGUUUUUACUUUUUGGUCCUUUUAGAAGAUGGCAACAAUUAAGAUGAAAUUAGAAUCAGAUACUUGUGUUUUGAUACUGUUAGAGGGAGGAGAUCAAGUUUUGGCUCUUGGUCCCCGCUCACACUUGUCUUGGUGAUUGUCAAUAUACAUAGUGUCCACUUUGGAGGUUAGGUAAUGAAGUCUCCCUGUUCCAGGAGGACUAGCCCAUUUUGAGGCAUAGAGGAAAGCGAAUCCUAGGAAGCCAGAGCUCUCAGAGACCCAUCAGGUAUCUCACGGCCUGACGUAAUGCCUCGUACAAUCUCAGAAUGCCGGUUUAGGGGAGGCAUUCUGGGUUCUGCUGCUCAGGCAGGGAAUAGAAGGCAGCAUCUCAGUGAUGGGUCACACGGGCCAGACUCUUAACUUUCUUGCCCUUGUCUUGUCCAUUGGAGGACGCACAUAGCAUCUGUCCAAGUUUGUGGACCAACACACAAAAUUAGCAAGCUUACAUAGAAUAUUAAACUGUUCUUGCAGUC